AUGUAUAUACUGUCUAGCAUUGCCGUGUCUUUGCUCGCCGCCCCAUUGGCACAGGCGGUGGGCCCACGACGACCUGCUCCACCUCCAGCAACAACAGAGUCAACUACGACGAUCCAGGAGUCAACAUUUGAGCAGCUACUUGAUCAUGCGAACCCAAGCCUUGGAACUUUCUCACAGCGCUACUGGUGGAACUCGGAAUAUUGGGCUGGACCGGGAUCUCCUGUAGUACUCUUUACGCCCGGUGAGGCUGAGGCCGCUGACUACACUGGCUACUUGACGAACGUGACAAUCACUGGUCUUUAUGCGCAGGAGAUCAAGGGCGCUGCGAUUUUGCUUGAGCACCGUUACUGGGGAGAAUCUUCGCCAUAUGACGAAUUGACCACCGAGAACUUGCAGUAUCUUACUUUGGCGAACAACAUCGCGGAUUUGACGUACUUUGCAAAGAACGUGGACCUGGCAUUUGACACCAACAAAAGCAGCAAUGCUCAGAAUGCUCCCUGGGUUCUUAGCGGAGGAUCCUACAGUGGUGCUUUGACCGCUUGGACAGAGUCCGUCGCUCCUGGCACAUUCUGGGCAUACCACGCCUCCAGUGCCCCCGUCGAGGCAAUUGAUGACUACUGGCAAUACUUCAAGCCUGUCCAGGAAGGAAUGGCACAGAACUGCAGUGCAGACGUCUCGCGUGUGGUCGAUUACGUUGAUCAAGUCAGCGCUCAUGGCACCAAAGCGCAACAGAAAGAGCUCCAGGCACUGUUUGGACUUGGUGGUCUUGAGCACUAUGAUGACUUUGCUUCUGCAUUGCAGAAUGGUCCUUGGCUCUGGCAGUCCAACAGCUUCUACACCGGAUACUCAGAAUUCUUUGAGUUCUGUGACUACGUCGAGGGUGUUGAAGCAGGAGCAAGUGUUGUGCCCGGCGCAGAUGGAGUUGGCCUCAAGAAGGCGCUUAGCGGCUACGCCAAGUGGUUCAAGACCGUCUAUUUCCCCGACUCCUGCUCUAGCUAUGGCUACUGGACCGACAGCAACAGCAUUGCCUGUUACGAUACCUACAACGCAUCCAGCCCAUUCUACACAGAUAUUACCGUAGGCAACGAAAUCGACAGACAAUGGCAGUGGUUGCUUUGCAACGAGCCGUUGUUCUACUGGCAAGAUGGUGCACCAUCUGAUGUUGAGACCAUUGUCUCCCGUACCGUGACCGCGGCCUACUGGCAGAGACAAUGCCCUCUCUUCUUCCCCACCGUCAAUGGCUACUCUUACGGUAGCGCCGAGGGCAAGACUGCCGCUGAUGUUAACGCAUACACCAAGGGCUGGGACCUGACAUCCACUACCAGAUUGACCUGGACAAACGGGCAAUACGAUCCCUGGAGAGAAUCUGGUGUCUCAUCCGAGUACCGCUCAGGAGGUCCUCUCAAGUCGCGCACUUCUGCUCCUGUCAACAUCAUCCCCGGUGGUUUCCACUGCUCAGAUCUUAUUCUGGAGAAUGGCAAAGUGAAUGCUGGCGUUCAGAAGGUAAUUGACACCGAAGUUGCCCAGAUCAAGGCUUGGGUGGCGGAAUACUAUAAAUAG